CGUCUGGGCCCCCGCCGCUUCCUGUCGGAUUACCUGGCGUGGUCGGGUAUUUGACGUCAUCCCAAAAAUAGGGUUUAAGCCAAUCCGGGGAAACUUUGCUCUUCUGGACGGCUGUUCAUUGGUUGAUAACUCAAAGUCUGUUCUAUUGUCCACAUUGGCUACCGUCGCUGUCAGUCAGGGCCGCGGGCGAACCUUACCCCACUCUUUGUCUGUGCAAGCGCUUGUUGUCUGGGAGAGUGGCGGAGGCGCUGUAGGAGAUUGGUCACAGGGAGUAACCUCUAGUCCGUUCCUAUUGGCCCGCCCUUCGGAGGGCGAUGCUGAUUGGUAGGAUGGAGAAACCUGGGUCCCAGUUGGCAGAGCUCUCCCCGGAUGGAAGCUCCGGCCGCGGAGUGAUGGUGGCGGUAGCGAAGAUGGGCCGGGCAGGGACCGUGGCGGUGGCGGCAGGGGCGGGGUUGCUGGCGGUAGAGAAGGCUGUGGUCUUCAGGGGGCUGUAGGUGGAGGCAUGGCUCGGGCCAGCAGCGGGAACGACAGCGAGGAGGCCUGGGGGGCACUUCGGAUGCCACAACAGCAGAGUCCGGCAGCGUCUUCUCUUGAGGGAGCAAUUUGGAGAAGAGCUGGAACCCAGACUCGCGCCCUGGAUGCCAUCCUUUAUCAUCCACAGCAAUCCCAUCUGCUUCGAGAGCUGUGCCCAGGAGUGAACAACCAGCCCUACCUCUGUGAGAGUGGUCACUGCUGCGGGGAGACUGGCUGCUGCACCUACUAUUAUGAGCUCUGGUGGUUCUGGCUGCUCUGGACUGUCCUCAUCCUCUUUAGCUGCUGUUGCGCCUUCCGCCAUCGACGUGCUAAACUCCGGCUGCAGCAACAGCAGCGGCAGCGUGAGAUCAACUUGUUGGCCUAUCACGGGGCAUGCCAUGGGGCUGGCCCUGUCCCUACCGGUUCACUGCUUGACCUUCGCCUCUUCAGCGCCUUCAAACCCCCAGCCUAUGAGGAUGUGGUUCACCGCCCUGGCACACCGCCACCUCCUUACACUGCAGCCUCAAGCUGCCCCUUGACUGCUUCCAGUGACUGCACCUGCUGCUCCUCUGCUUCUAGCUGCCCUGUCCACUGCGAGGGAACAAAUGUGGAAGGUGUUUCCUCCUACCAGAGUGUCCCCCAUCAUCAGGAGGGUGAGCCUGGGGCAGGGGGGAGCCCUGCCCCUGUACCACCCUCUUGCCGCUAUCGCCACCUGACUGGUGACUCGGGUAUUGAGCUCUGCCCUUGUCCAGACUCCAGUGAGAGCGAGCCAGUCAAGGAGGCUAGGGCUAGUGCCACCCUGCCAGAUCUGGAGGACCACGCCCCUUGUGUAGUGCCUCUGGAUCCCAUAUCCCAGGUCUCUCCUGUGGGGCUGGCUUCCAGUCAAGGGGACAUCCCAUAAGCAGUUUGGGGUGGGUGGAUGGGUUCCUUGUCCACCAGAAAUAGCCCUGGUCACAACUCCUCGAGUUCUCCUUGGCCUUUCCCUGUCCUCCUAGAAUCUGCUUUCAGGGCUGGAGUCCUGAGGAGAGGGGCAGUGUCUGGGGGACUGUGCUAGCUCUACCCCCCAAGACAUACACAGGAGCCUUUGAUCUCAUUAAAGAGAUGUGAACCAGC